AUGUUUCAGAACACUAUUAAUGCAAUCGUAGGUUGUUGUACAAAGGACAGUAAAAAGAAGAUCAAAGGGACUGUUGUGUUGAUGAAGAAGAAAUUCUUGGACUUUGAUGAUUUAAAAGCUUCGGUUCUUGAACGCGUUCAUGAGUUUGUAGGCCAAGGAACCGAUUUCAAUGUCAUGAAGACGAAAUUGAAGAAUACGACCAACAGUAACUUUUUGUCAAAUAAUACUAUCUUCAACAAGAAGAUGCAGUCAGUGCUCGAUCAUUUGGUGAGAACUGAACAACUCAAUAGUGCUCCACAAACAGUACCGGCUGCCGGAGGGCCAGCCACUGCUCAACAAGUAAAUUUGCCUCCACCUUUUUUAUUGGCACAGCCUCGUCUAACUAGACCACUUACACCAAUGGGUCAACGAUCAAAUGACCCAGUUCCAGCACCCCCUGCUCAUUCAUAG